AUGAAUUCACAUCACUUUGAAUCCUUCAGUGUUCGUUUCACUGGAAAAAAAUAUUCUUCUUGGGAGUUUCAAUUUCAGUUGUUUGUCACCGGCAAAGAACUAUGGGGCCAUAUAGAUGGAAGCGAUCCUGCUCCUACUGAUGCAACAAAGCUAGGUGAAUGGAAGAUUAAAGAUGCUCGGGUGAUGACAUGGAUUCUAGGGUCAAUUGACCCUCUUAUUGUUCUUAAUCUCAGGCCAUACAAGACAGCUAAGGUUGUGCUUCUUGAUGACAUAGAUCAUGGUGAUCAUUUGGAGUACUUAGCAGGUGAUGUUGGUUGGUUUGGUAAUGGCAGCAGAAUUGUUGUAACAACUAGAAAUAGACAUUUGAUAGAGAAGGAUAAUCCAAUAUAUGAAGUGUCUACACUGCCUAAUGAAGAAGCUGUUCAAUUAUUCAAUCAACAUGCUUUCAGAAAAGAAAUUCCAAAUGAAUGUUUUAUGAAGUUCUCAUUGGAGGUAGUAAAUCAUGCUAAAGGCCUUCCUUUAGCCCUCAAGGUGUGGGGUUCUUUGUUGCAUAAUAAAGGCCUAACUCAGUGGACAAGCACUGUAGACCAAAUAAAGAAAAAUUCUAGUUUAGAAAUUGUUAAAAAGCUCAAAGUAAGUUAUGAUGGGUUAGAGCUUGAAGAGCAAACAAUAUUUUUAGAUAUAGCAUGUCUUUUACGAGGAAAAGAAAAAAAACUAGUCAUGCAAAUCCUUGAGAGCUGUGAUUUUGGAGCUGAAUGCGGAUUGGAUGUCCUAGUUGACAAAUCUCUUGUGUUCAUCUCCAAAUAUAAUGUGAUUGAAAUGCAUGACUUGAUUCAAGAUAUGGGUAGAUAUGUGGUAAAAAUGCAAAAGGAUUCGGGAGAACAAAGCAGACUCUGGGAUGUUGAAGAUUUCGAAGAUGUGAUGGUCAACAAUACAGGGACCAAGGCAAUGGAAGCAAUCUGGACACAUGGUGUUCAAAAAUUAUGCUUUAGCAAAAAAGCCAUGAAAAACAUGAAAAGGCUUAGAUUAUUAUCCAUCAUUAGUUUUAGUACACAUGAUGACUCCAUUGAGUACCUGCCCAACAACUUGCGUUGGUUUGUCUGUCAUAGUUAUCCUUGGGAGUCAUUAUUAGAAAAUUUUGAACCUAAGAAGCUUGUUUGUCUUUAUCUCCAGAGGAGUUCCCUGCGUCAAUUAUGGACCGGAAUAAAGCAUUUGCCGUCUCUGCGAAAGCUAGAUCUUAGAGAUUCAGAAAGGCUGAUUCAAACACCAGAUUUCACGCUAAUGACAAAUUUGGAGUAUUUGGAUCUGCGUAACUGUAGUGAUCUUGAAGAGGUUCACCGUUCCUUGGAGUGUUGCAGAAAACUCAUUGUGUUAAAUUUGCAGAGGUGUAAACGCCUAAAUAAGUUUCCAUGUGUUAACGUGGAAUCCCUUGGAUCUCUGAUUCUACUACAUUGCUCUAAUUUGGAAAAAUUUCCAGAAAUCUUUGGAAGAAUGAAGCCAGAGUUAGAGAUCAAGAUGAGCUGGUCUGGGCUAAGGGAAAUACCAUCAUCUAUUAUUCAGCAAUACGCAUGUCAUCUUACAGAGUUAAGUUUGAGUGAUAUGAAAAAACUUGUAGCACUUCCAAGCAGCAUUUGUCAGUUGAAAGGUUUGGUGAAGCAGGAUGUGUCAUACUGCUCAAAACUUGAAAGCUUGCUAGAAGAGAUUGGUUAUUUAGAAAACUUGGGAGGGGCUUCAUGCAAGCUUUACUCUAAUCUCACGACCUCCGUCUUCCAUCAUCCGCUUGAACAAGCUUAAAAUCUUGAGUUUUAGAUUGGACUUGAAACCUAUGUUUUUUGCCACAAAAGAAUCAAAAUAUAGAGUGUCCU